CUACCGGUCAGCUUCAUGACUGGCACCGUGCCAUCCUCCCGCUGCUCCAUAAGAAAGUUCCCCAAUUUCAGAUCCCUGCUCCGACCAGACACGAAAAAGUGAUCCGACCAGACACAGCAGAACAGAGGAUGCUGACCCUGUGGAAGAGGUCCCUCAGAGUGACAACGACUGGAAAAGUCAUCUCUUUGAUUGCCUCCUCCUCCAGCAUGACUGUCGGCCCCCCCUUCCCCCAGUGUUGUUCAAGAAACCCCGCAGCGUCUUGAUCAAAGUGAUCCAUCUCGAAAAACAUGGACUUCUGGUUUUUAUGGCGGGCCUCCACGAGCUGUAUGGCCGGAGACACAAGGGUGCACGCAUAAGACCGACAUAGAUAAGGCCAUGGAUUGUGUGUGUGUGCAUCGACGGGGCUCACCAAAUUCACGUUGACUAUGUGUUCACUCCCAAUAGCCAUUGCCCUCUGCACCGCGACCUCUUCCCUGAAAAAGCAGCACAGAUGCGGACACACACACGCAUUUGUGUGGAGCAGGGCAUGUCGGUGUGCGGUGCGUGUCGAGUCGAUGUCAAAGACAACGACCCGUAUGCCUACAGUGCAAGAGCGGAACACAUCUUCGCAUCUUCGGGAGCUCUUUGAGCACCUUGGUGGCUGCUGAGGGUCCUUGACCGUGUGUGUGCUCGUUGGUAGCGGCCGUGCCCGCAGUGCGCAGCCUGCGAUCGGCCUGGUACACCUUGGACCCGCUCCAGGUGCCCAUACCGAGCGGCGGUCGGGCGCAAGAUAGCCCAAGUGGUUGUCGCCAGGUCCAGGCACCAGCCCACCAGAGGAUGCACUGAAUGCAUCGCUUGGAAGGUUGCAGCCGAAGAACUCUAGUGGGUACGGGCGGCCAUUGUAGCUCCCGUUGCCCACCGUUGCAUAUAUACAGCGAGUCUUACAUGACCCCAGCCUCCUUCUCCAUCAAGUUGCAGAGGUUGUCCUGUGUGAAGCGGUCCUUCUGCGAUAGGAUGGAGGUCUUGAAGGCCGUCAGGCGCCCGUUGACGAUGCCCGGCCUCACUGUGGCUGUCACGCCCACGCCCAGUUGGGGUUCGAGCUGCAGCUGGGUGCCGUCGGGCUGAGUGAGGAUGGAAGGGGACGGGAGGGCGGUCCCUCGUGAGGUGCUCGCCAU